UAGAGAAGCGGACGGGCCAUUGUUUUGUCAGAUACGAGAGGAGAGAGCAGGAGAUGGACGCAGAGAAGGCGAAGGAGUAUGGGGAGGAGGAGGAGCGUUGCCCAGUGGAGGAGGUGGCUCUGGUCGUGCCGGAGACGGAUGACCCGAGCCUGCCGGUGAUGACAUUCAGGGCGUGGUUCCUGGGUCUAACCUCAUGCGUCCUCCUCAUCUUCCUAAACACCUUCUUCACCUACCGCACUCAGCCCCUUACCAUCUCCGCCAUUCUAAUGCAGAUCUCCGUCUUGCCCAUCGGCAAGUUCAUGGCUCGCACUCUGCCCACAACGCCUUACGAGCUCUUCGGCAGGAAAUUCAGCCUGAACCCGGGUCCCUUCAACAUCAAGGAGCACGUCAUUAUCACCAUCUUCGCCAACUGCGGCGUUUCGUUCGGCGGCGGCGACGCCUACUCCAUCGGCGCUAUAACCGUUAUGAAGGCUUACUACAAGCAGACCCUCAGCUUCCUCUGCGCCAUCUUCAUCGUCUUGACCACUCAGAUUUUGGGGUACGGAUGGGCCGGAAUUCUGAGGAGGUACCUGGUUGAUCCCGUCGACAUGUGGUGGCCUUCAAACCUCGCUCAAGUUUCUCUCUUCAGGGCUCUGCACGAGAAGGAAAACAAGACGAGAGGCUUGAGCCGAAUGCAGUUCUUCCUAGUAGCUCUUGCGGGAAGCUUUAUAUACUACGCCCUCCCCGGAUAUCUCUUCCCAGUUUUGACCUUCUUCUCGUGGGUCUGUUGGGUUUGGCCUAAAAGCAUCACGGCACAGCAGGUUGGUUCCGGUUACCAUGGACUUGGGUUGGGAGCCUUUACUAUCGACUGGGCUGGCAUUUCUGCUUACCAUGGCAGUCCCUUGGUGGCUCCUUGGUCCUCCAUCGUCAACGUUGGCGUUGGCUUCAUCAUCUUCAUCUACAUCAUUGUCCCUCUCUGUUACUGGAAGUACAACACCUUUGACGCUCGCAAGUUCCCCAUUUUCUCCAAUCAGCUAUUCACUUCCAGUGGCCAGAAGUACGACACCACCAAAAUCUUGACCCCGCACUUUGAUCUCGAUGUCUCUUCUUAUAACAGCUAUGGAAAACUUUACCUUAGCCCUCUCUUUGCUCUCUCCAUUGGAUCCGGGUUUGCCAGAUUCACCGCAACACUGACUCAUGUGGCCUUGUUCAAUGGCAGGGAUAUCUGGAGACAGACAUGGUCCGCAAUGCAAAAUGCGAAGCUAGAUAUCCAUGCAAAACUGAUGAAAAGCUACAAACAAGUGCCAGAGUGGUGGUUUUAUGUUCUGCUGUUAGGAAGUACAGCUCUGUCACUUUUGAUGUCUUUCGUGUGGAAGGAUCAAGUGCAGUUGCCAUGGUGGGGAAUGCUGUUUGCUUUUGCCUUGGCCUUUGUAGUUACUCUCCCAAUUGGUGUCAUUCAAGCAACUACCAACCAGCAACCAGGGUACGAUAUAAUAGCACAGUUCAUGAUCGGUUAUGUUCUGCCGGGAAAACCAAUUGCAAACUUGCUUUUCAAGAUUUAUGGGAGAAUCAGCACAGUCCAUGCUCUCUCUUUCCUGGCAGACCUUAAGCUUGGUCACUACAUGAAAAUUCCACCGCGUUGCAUGUACACAGCUCAGCUGGUGGGCACUCUUCUAGCAGGAGUGGUGAACCUUGGGGUGGCAUGGUGGAUGUUGGAGAGCAUUCAAGACAUAUGUGAUAUCGAAGGAGAGCACCCUGAUAGCCCGUGGACUUGCCCCAAGUACAGAGUCACAUUCGACGCAUCUGUGAUCUGGGGAUUGAUUGGACCAAAAAGGCUCUUUGGACCAGGGGGCAUGUACCGUAACCUGGUCUGGCUGUUCCUGAUAGGAGCUGUUCUACCUGUUCCCGUGUGGGUGCUGAGCAAGAUUUUCCCCGACCAGAAGUGGAUGCCUGUCGUUCACUUUGGCAUCUCAGGAAUGCCUCCUGCCACCCCGACCAACAUCGCUAGCUGGCUCGUCACAGGAAUGAUCUUCAACUACUUCGUGUUCAAGUACCACAAGAGAUGGUGGCAGAAGUACAACUACGUUCUGUCCGCGGCUCUUGAUGCAGGCACGGCUUUCAUGGGGGUUUUGCUCUUCUUUGCCCUGCAGAAUGAGGGACACAACCUCAAAUGGUGGGGGACACAAGUAGACCACUGUCCACUCGCUUCCUGUCCUACGGCUCCUGGAAUUAAAGUUAAGGGAUGCCCUGUUUUCUGACUAUUUUGAUGAUGUUCAUCCGCUGUUCCACUACAUUUGUUUUGCCCUUUUCUUGCUUCUUCGUAUAGAAUAUAACGCAACUCCCUAGGAACGUGAGUGCACCAAGGUAAAUAAAUUCCGGGACGUGAGAGAUCUCCUGCAUUUUUCUUUUCCUUGAUCUAAAGGAAACUGUCACAAGCGAUGAAGGCCCAAGAAAAGCAGACUCGAUUAGCUACUACUUGUUCUCCCUUUUUAAUGUAUUGUCAACAAUAUUCACUUGGAUUAUCUAAACAUUUCCUCUU